AUGGGGUCAACAAUAAGUAAAAGAAAAAACAAUACAGAUAAAAAUGUGAAGGACGAAUCAGUUGAAAAUAAAAGGCAAAAAAAAAACGAGGAAAAUGAUUCAAAUUUAGAAUUUAUUAAAAAAUAUAAAAUAAUUAAUAAGAUUGGAGAUGGUAAUUUUUCCAAAGUAUUUUGUUGUCGAGGAGAGAAUAAAAAAAAAUGUGCAAUGAAGCUGAUGUGCUGUCCACUGAAAAAAACAUCUCAUUAUAAUUGCUUUAAGAGAGAAUUAUUUAUUAUGAAAACGAUAAAUAAUAAACAUCCAUACAUUGUAAAAAUACUUGAUUAUCAUGAGAAAAUAUGGAAAAAAUAUUAUAUUGUAAAAUUAAUACUGGAAUAUUGUGAAGGAGGGAAUUUAUUUGAGUAUAUAAAAAUUAAUGGUAGUUGUACACACUCUGAAGCUAGAGUUAUAAUAAUAAAAUUAACAAAAACAAUUCAAUAUAUAAAUUCAUUGAAAAUUAUGCAUAGAGAUAUUAAACCAGAAAAUAUUUUACUUCGAACAAAAGAUAAUAUAAAAAGUGUAGUCCUUUCAGAUUUCGGUCUAGCCAAAAUAACUCCCUCAAAUCAGUCUGUUGUUAAAAGUAGAUCUGUUUGUGGUAGUGACUUUUAUUUGGCACCCGAAAUUAUAAAGAAUAAAGAAUAUGGAAUAAAGAUCGAUAUAUGGAGUUUGGGAGUUUUAAUAUUUUUUAUUAUAACUGGAAAAGUACCCUUUACUGGAAAAAAUGCUAAUGAAUUAUAUAACAACAUACUUAAAGCAAAUAUACCUGAACUAUUAUCAAAAGAAAAAUCUUUAAAUAUUCAACCUGGAUUAAAAAAUUUAUUAGAAAAUAUUUUGGUCCAUGAUCCGGAUCAAAGAUUUAGUUGUGCUGACAUUUUAAAUCAUAGAUGGAUAAGAGGAACUCUUACAAGCUGUGAAUUUAAAAUAUUUAAUUCCGCAUCAUAUAUAAAAAAACUAAGAUUGGAUAAGAAAAAAGCUAGUUAUGAUGAAGAAGCUAAGGAUAACCAAAUAAAAGAUAAGUCUUUUGAAAAUGAAAAAGAUUCAUUUGCUAAUAAAAAAAAAAGAUAUACUUUCUUUUUAAAAAAAAUAACGAAUUAA